AUAUCUAAAAUCUUUCUAUAUAUAUUUUCCGUGUCUUUCUCUCUGUAGUUUAUAUGCUUUAUCUCUCUAGAAAAAAAGCCCUAAAUUCUCGAUCCGAGAAAAUUUCGGACAAUUUCCAAAGUAGGUCCUAACAUCGUCUUAGCUACUGACUUGUCAUUACUUGCACAAUCAAGCUUUGUAUAUUUUUCUCACAACCACCGUUGAAUUACAUCACGAAGUAGUCACGCUGUCAUGAUCAAUGGCGAAUUGCAUCUGCGGUACGAGUUCUCUGAUCCGAGCUUGAUUGAUCACCUGCAUGCGCAAGCCAUUUGUGUGAAGAAUCUAUGUGUGUGAAAUUAGGGUUUCAUUUUGCUGGAUGCAUAGUAUUGGGCGCAGGAUAAAUGCUUGUUGGAGGGGAUCUAGGGUUUUCACGCCUGGUCCUGGUGGUGGUGGUGGUGGUGUUUGCGCCGGUGAUCGGCUUCGUAGUCCGCCGGAAAUGGCGGCUUGCGGUGGCCAGGAGAGAGGAGAUCAAAAGGCUUUUGGUUUUUGCGUCCGAAGAGGCUGCUAGGGCCGAGGUCGAGGACUUCACCAGGUACGUUGCGGCCACACCGGUUUCAACUUCUGGGCAACUACAGUAUCAAUGUGCCGUUUGCUUUUGCCCCACCACCACGCGGUGUGCACAAUGUAAAGCUGUUCGGUACUGCUCUGGGAAGUGUCAAAUUAUUCACUGGAGGCAAGGUCACAAGGAAGAAUGCCGUCCUUUCACUGCCACUUAUCAGAUCAAUGAUGUGGAAGGCGGUUCUAUUAGUGAAGCGUUUAAGCAAGUAGAAUGUGAGACUUAUGGAAAUAGCUUUGAGCUUGAAGGGGGGCAUUGUGCCAAAUCUGUUGAAAGAGUCCCUAAAGGGCCUGCAUUUUCGAAUUCUUAUUGCUCUCCUGAAACUGUGCGUGGGGGGGAUGAUACUAGAUUUGGAUGUCUUCCAGAUGAGAAAGGAACCGGUUGUAGUUCUAAAUUUACCACUCCCUCAUUCUCUGAGGGUUUUGCUGCAUACACUACUUGUAGUGAAUCUUCUGUUGAUGUUACAGUCAAUAGGGUCAGUAGUCCGCAUCAUCCCGACAGAUCAGAUGGACAUCAGUCAGGUAAUAUUGUUCAUGGCAAGCCUGAGACUACUUGUGUUAGCAUGGAUCAAACUAGGCAAAAAUUUUCGGAGCACUUCACUUCAGUCAAUUCUGUAGAUAAUUUUUCUAGCUCUGGUAAGUUAAAUCAGAUAAAAUCUGAUUGUAAUGAUAGAGAUGCUCAUUGUGGAUCAACACGUUCUUCAGGUUCAACUGUUGAUGGCUCUAAUGAGUUGUCAUUUUCUGAGCCUUCUACACCCUCUUCUGGUUUCUGGGAAGGAACUAUUGACACCAGUAGGUGCAGAAAUGACGUUCCUGAUGAUUCUGCUCAGUCUAGCUCCAGUGAGGCUGGUGAUGACAGUAUGUCUGAUUUUCAGUCUUCUGUAAAUUUCCACUGUAAUAUGGCCAGGGAUGUUGUUACUCCCUUGCAUGUGCAAGGAUCUGAUACCAAAAUCAAAUCAUAUGAUGAUCAUUCAGCUACUUUGGGGAUGAAGAAACCUAUUGACAGGGCUACUUUAUCAGAGGAAACAAGUAAAGGUGCUUUGAAAGCGAGGAACUCACAAUCAACAAACUCUGAAACGUCUAAUCAUGUGGAUUGUGACACUCGCAGUGAUUCAUGUAUAUUUAAGUCCAGAGAAUCUAGAUGUCUCUCAUCCUGCACAUCUCAUGCUGAUCCAGCUUCCAGCCCUGGAGGGCAUUCAGUACGAUCAGAUGCUUCAAACAUCAGUAGCUUUCCAUCCUUGAGCACUGGAAGGUCGAAUUCUGCAUUAAAAAGCACGAGCAGUACCUCGCAAGUAUUGAAAUAUAACGAAGUUGGAAAUUUAUCAUCUAGUGCAUCUGAUGAGCACAUAUCUUCUGGCAGUGGAAGGCAUUCCAUUUCAGGUGUGUCGUCAUCUGGAAGGGUUGAUGGCGCUCAUCCAGUUGCAGCAUGUUCUUCCCACUUUGUGAGUUAUUCACCAAAUGCUACAAAUGGAUUGAGAACAUCAAUGAGGAAAGUCGUUGACCAGCUCAGACUCUCUAAAUUGUCACGUCCAUUAGGGGUUGGGGUUGAGAUUGCUGGAAAAUACAAUAACAAGGGGCUCUUUUCAUAUGAAGUGUUUGUCAAGUUCUAUAAUUGGAACAAGGUUGAACUGCGUCCAUUCGGCCUAAAAAAUUGUGGGAACAGCUGUUAUGCUAAUGCCGUGCUCCAGUGCUUGACAUUUACUCCACCUCUCACUGCUUAUCUUCUCCAAGGACUCCAUUCAAAAACAUGUGAAAAAAAAGGAUGGUGCUUCACCUGUGAGUUUGAAAAUCUAAUUCUGAAGGCAAAGGAUGGGAAUUCUCCACUAUCUCCUGUUGGGAUACUCUCUCAGAUACACAAAAUUGGAAGUCAUCUUGGUCAUGGGAAAGAAGAAGAUGCACAUGAAUUUCUAAGGUAUUCUAUCGAAACAAUGCAAUCCGUCUGCCUUAAGGAAGCCGGGGUAAAGGCAUCAGGCUCCUUGGAAGAAGAAUCAACUCUGAUAGGCCUUACGUUUGGGGGUUACCUUCGAUCAAAGAUUAAAUGCAUGAAGUGUGGAGGCAAAUCUGAGCGGCAUGAAAGGAUGAUGGAUCUCACUGUUGAGAUAGAAGGAGAUAUUGGAACCCUAGAAGAGGCUUUACGACAGUUUACCUGUACUGAGAUUUUGGAUGGUGAAAACAAAUACCAAUGCAGCAGAUGCAAAUCCUAUGAGAAAGCUAAGAAGAAGUUGACAGUGUUAGAGGCUCCUAAUGUCCUUACUAUUGCACUGAAGCGAUUUCAGUCAGGGAAAUUUGGGAAGCUCAAUAAGGCAAUUCGGUUCCCAGAAAUUCUGGACCUGGCCCCAUAUAUGAGUGGGACAAGCGACAAAUCUCCAAUUUACAGGCUUUACGGGGUGGUGGUUCACUUGGAUGUCAUGAAUGCCGCAUUUUCUGGUCACUAUGUGUGCUACGUCAAGAACAUCCAGAACAAGUGGUUCAAGAUUGAUGAUAGUACAGUAAAACCUGUGGAACUUGAAAGGGUCUUAACAAAAGGGGCGUACAUGCUUCUUUAUGCAAGGUGCUCGCCAAGGGCCCCAAGAUCGAUAAGGAAUUCAAUGAUGCCUCAUGAUCCAAGGAAACCAAGGGAUCCUACUUUGAAGUCGAGAUCCCACUCUACCGGUCCAAGUGGUGUUUCUUUGCCUGAUACUCUGAAAGUUCAGACCACCAAUGAACCCUUUAAUAUGAAUCAGACCAAUUUCCAUCGGAUCCGAACAAUUUUUGAAGAUGACUCAAGUGACAAUUCUUCUGCUUUUAGCCGCUCUCACGAAGAUUCUUCCAGUACCGAUAGCACCAGGGGUUCUACAUGCACUGACGACUUUUUAGAUCAAAUAUUCGGUGAUUUGGGACAUAAUUGGAACAGCCCGUGGAGGAAUUCUUCAGAUUCUGACACUUGUUCAUCUUCUUCUUCCUCUCACUCGCCCUCGCCCUUGCCCUCACCCUUGUACUCAAGACAUUCACCUCUAACCAACUCGGACCACUAUUCUUCAGGAUUUCCAGAGACAAGCGGCUCACACUUUUUUAACACAGCGUUGUCUAUGGAGGGUCACUGUCUUCGGUCAAGAAUACCCAGCCGGAGUAGCCAACAGGAGCAUAUGGAAAGCAGGGGAACUCUUCCUUUUUUGCAUUCUGACCCAACUAGACAGUGUAGGAAGUUAGCUAGUAGUUGUAGGGAGACUAACUCGGAAAAUUUCGGAUGGCUCAACCCGUUUGAUGACAUCAAAUAUGGUGCAUCUUUUCGAAGACCACCGAGGGUUAGAACAGAGUAAAUUUUUAUUUUUUAAGUUUUUGAGUUAAGAGGGGGGAAUAAUAAAUAUGGGAAAUGGGAAAUGGGAAAUGGGAGUGGGUUGUAUGUAUUGUUACUCUUGUUGUUGGCUUUAUCAAAAGAAAUCAGCCAACAUCAUUUUGUCACUCUCUUUCCCUUAAUAUAGUUAUAUAUUCUGUAGUA